AACCAAACCGGAAGUUUCUGUGGCAUCUCUACAGAAAGCAGAAAAGAAGGACCAACAGAAAGAGAAAGAGAUGGAGGCGGAGAGAGAGAGACUACUCAAAGAGAUGCAAGAGAAAGAGAAAAAAUAUUUUUAGAUACUUGAAUUAAAAUGGCUGCAGUUGAGAGUAUGACCGAGGUGGCGGCGAAGGUCCCACAGAUUACCUCGAAUAUGACCGUCAAGUCAAGAGAAUCAGAAGACCUAGUAAAGGGUAAAGUGCGAGAUACACCAUCUGAAAUACCACCAUUAGAAUCCGCGGGAGAUGAAAACCCGUACCCUGAACCCGACCCUAAUAUGUUUAAAAAGAACCGUAAUCCGAAGCGGAAAACGGUCACAAUUGAUGAUUCAGACUUAUGCUCGAAGGAAUGCAUGGGGUACAAAUUAGGAACGCUGUAUUCAAAGUUUAAUGGUGAUGAAAAUAAUAUAAGGACGAAGUGCAAAGACUGUCCUGACACAUGUAUGGGACACAAAGUGGGCAAGUUUGCAGCUGAACUUGACGCGCCCGAGGGCUCCGCCGGGGCUCCGCUGGACACGCCGUGCGCCGGCGGCACCUUCGCCGACUUGUUCGACACACUCAGAUGUUUAUUCUCGGCUCUAAUAUUCCAAGAGAAAGAACAAGAGAAUAAGGAACUGAGGAAGGAGGAGUUGUUGGCCAAGAGAUCAGCCAGCACCGCGCCGGACGCGGCCGAGGAGCCUCACACAGAACAUCGGGCAAUCGACGCGGAUAAAGAUUUUACUCCGUGUUUUUGCAAGCGACGUCGCGUCGUAUCCAGCCCGGAUGGACUCAUACAAUUUAAGAUGAACGAUGACUAUUGCCUGAAAGUGUGUGAUUGUGUCGAUGAUGAGCCUGAGCCUGAGGAGGAGGUAAAAAAAGAACCAACAAAAUGUGAUAAAUUCAAGGAGCAAUUUUUCAAAACUAACAAAGACUUCCAGAAAUGGAGACGACAAAGAAAUGCACAAACAGACAUAAUGAGAGAAAAGAUGGGAAAAGUCUACAAAAGAGAAUCCGCUGUUGCGAAGAAAAAAAUGAGGAAAAAAUUUAAAGAAACGUCUAAAAAGGCAAAGAAAUCAUUUAAAAAAGCUUCAAAGAAAGCGAAGGCAAAAGUAAAAAAACGAGCUAAAGACACGAAAAAGAGGAUCAGAAACAAAGCUGCGAAUAUAAGAGGAGACAAGGCGCCCAAGGAAGGUGACGGAUUAAGUUUAAGGGAUCUGAAAGACAUAAUUUGUUCAUCAACCUCAUCGUUGACCGCCAAGGCUAAAAAGCACAACGAAGAAUUCAAAGCCAGAAGAGAAGCCCAGGCAGAAGAAUAUCAAAGAAAGAUGGAGACACUCCGAGAGCUCGCUCCGAAACAAGUCAAGAAUCCAUGCGCCUGCAAGCAGAUGGAGAAACUCUUGCAAGAGUAUGAUCUACGGAAAUCUGGCUUAGUGGAUCCAAAUACAGACCAGACAGAAACGCCAGACACUGACCAGACAGAAACGCCAGACACUGACCAGACAGAAACACUAGACACUGACCAGGCAGAAACGCCAGACACUGACCAGGCAGAAACGCCAGACACUGAACAGGCAGAAACGCCAGACACUGAACAGGCAGAAACACCAGACACUGAACAGGCAGAAACACCAGACACUGACCAGGCAGAAACGCCAGACACUGACCAGGUGAAUGAGGAGAGACCCGAUACGGAACAAACAGAGCCAAUAGAAUGUGACGAUGAAAUGGGCACUUGCGAUCCAAGAUUAAUAAGACUAGCACAGAAGGCUGGCCAACCAACCGCCGUCGAUAAGCCAGACUGUGUUUGUGAGAGUGUAGUGGACAUACUGGCAAGACACGGCAUCAAAAAUCCUAAGCUGGUGAUGUGCAAACGGAAGAAACAGCCGGGCAUGCUAUCAAAAAUAUGCAUAAAAUUUGAAGAAAUUAAGUCGGUUUUCAUAAAAGAUGAUUGCACCAAAACUGGAUGUUUCGAUGAUAAAAGACCAUUGGAGCAAUGAGCGCUGCCAACAAACCAAAACUGUUUUGUUAUCUGUGGAGUCCGUUUUUCCGAAUUUGAUCCAUGAACAGUAUCCAAUAACUAUUUUAAUAUGAAUAUACAAUUAAUUAAACACAGUAAAAUGUUUUGUAAAUAAAUAUGAAAUAAAAAUGUGCCAGGUAAAUAAAUAUAAAGUACACCUA